GUAGCCCAUGAGCCAGUCCCAGCGGAAUAAAUACCCAGAGUGUAAUUGUGAUAAUCGAAUCCCAAUUUGUUGCUCAAUUGAUUUCGGAUUAUAGAACUGCUUCAAAUAAUCCCUUUACCGCCUCGUUCACCAAUUGCAUAAAUUACCACAUCGAAAUGGCACCCCGACGUGGUGGAACUACCGACAAUUGUCCCCCCAUCAGGCAGAAUAACGCCACCCCCAAGACAAUUUUCUUCUACCCAGAGGAGGAAGAGGAAGAGGAACUUCUGCAGCAAGUGCUCCAGAUUCUUGAAACAAGCUUGGAUGAGAGGAUUGCGGCUAGGGCAUUCCCAACGCCCCCACCAACACCCAGCGUCAGUGAUGAUAAUUUGGGAGAGGAGGUGGAGAGUCUAGAGGUUUCAGCCCAGAGUCAGAACAAGGGUCACAGGGGUCAGAUUGAGGGUCAGAAUAACGGUCUCGCGGGUGCGCCUAGGAAGUACAAGCCCUGGUGGUGCUUCAAAUGUCAUGGAUUUGGUCACAAGUUCAGGUAUUGUCCAGUGACUUACUGGAGGAUUCCAUUCUGCAAAAUAUGUGGGCUGUGGAGCUACGAACUCCUGGAGCGAUCGUGCCCCAACCUGAAGGAUCCUCGACAUCGACAAAACCGUUAUCAGAGGAAAUAAUUCACACAUGAAAGAAUUUAAUAGAAAAACCUAGCGAAUUCAUUAGACAAUUCUAUUGGAUUUGGAUAUUGAGCUUUCUAUUAGU